UCAGCGGCGGCGCCGGGCCCGGUGGACUCGCCGUUUCUCCCGCCCUGCGGCCACCCGGCAGCUCCCGCCCGCCCGGCUCUGCCCGCCCGCCCGGACUCGACCCCGCGCAGCGUCCCCCGCCCUCGGCCGGCCGCAGAGCUCCGCCGCCGCCACAGCCUCCCCGCCCUCCCCGCCUGCCGCCCGCCAUGAGCCCGGCCGACACCAAGCGAGGGGCCAAGCGCCGGAAGAACAAGCGGGGCGGCGGCGGCGGCUCGGGCGGGGGCCACGGCGGCGCGAGUGGCGGCAAGGCCAGCCCGGCGGCGGCGCUGCGCGGCACCCAGGCCGCGGGCCUGGCGGCCCCGGGCGGCGCGGCGGUGGCCAACGGGCCCCUCAGCGCGGGCGGCGCCGCCCCCGGAGGCUACUUCGAGACUCCUUUUAACUUUGGCAUGAAUCACAGAACUCCACCCUACCCCGCCGGGGACUACUGUCUUCUGUGCAGAAGCGAGCGGAAAGACUCUUCCUUCCUAGAGAGUGGGAUUAAGACUGCGAGCAAAUUGGCCCUUUCUGUGGCUCCCAAGGGCAACAGUGUGCUGCACCUGCCGCUGUGGGUGUGCCCUGACUGCAGGCGGACCGUGGAGAAGGAGGAGAGGCACGGCGGUCUGGACCAGCCAGCGGGCCAGGACUUCCUUCUCCACGGCCCUCUGGGCGGGUCCCCGGCAGAGGCAGGCGGCGGGAGGCUGGCUCUGGGCGCCCAGCCGCUGCCCUCCGACACGUCUUGUGCUUGUGAGGCCUGCAGCGAGCGCAGAGAGAUCUCGGCAGAGACGGACCGGGAGCCGCAGCAGCUGCAGAACUACUGGUCCGAAGUGCGCUACAUGGUCCGCUGCGUUUACCGCCAGGCGGGGACCCCGCUGGCAGACGACCAAGACCAGUCGCUGGUGCCUGAUAAGGAGGGGGUGAAGGAGCUCGUGGAUAGGCUCUGCGAGAGAGACCCCUACCAGCUGUACCAGCGGCUGGAGCAGCAAGCCCGAGAGUACGUGCUCGAGAUGAAGGUCCGCCUCCUGCGGCAGCUGUCGGCUGCAGCGCGCGUGCGGGCGCCGUCCGGCCUGCAGGGCCCGCCGCAGGCCCACCAGUUCAUCUCGCUGCUGCUCGAGGAGUAUGGCGCCCUCUGCCAGGCGGCACGCACCAUCAGCACCUUCCUUGGCACUCUGGAAAACGAGCACUUGAAAAAGUUCCAGGUGACAUGGGAGCUGCAUAAUAAACACCUGUUUGAAAAUCUGGUUUUUUCGGAACCUCUUCUCCAGAGCAACUUGCCAGCGUUGGUGUCGCAAAUCAGGCUGGGGACCACGACGCACGACACCUGCAGCGAGGACGCGUACAGCACCUUGCUGCAGCGCUACCAGCGCUCCGAGGAGGAGCUGCGCAGGGUCGCCGCCGAGUGGCUGGAGUGCCAGAAGCGGAUCGACGCCUACGUUGACGAACAGUUAACCAAUAAGAAAGCAGUCACUGGUGAGAACCACUUCACAGACGCCAUGAGGCAUGUGCUGUCGUCGCGGCUGAGUGUGCCCGACUGCCCCAACUGCCACUACCGGAGAAGGUGUGCUUGUGACGACUGCAGCCUCUCCCACAUCCUCACGUGCGGCAUCGUGGACCCCCCUGCCCCCGGCGACACCCACGCCCACCAGCUGCCGCUGCAGGUGGGCUCAGCUUCCGACUGUGUCUCUGAGGUGCGCCCGCCCAGCGUGUCGUCUGCAAGCUCGGGGUCCGGCUCCAGCUCUCCCGUCACCAUCCAGCAGCGUCCCCGGCUCCUCCUCACCGACAAGGGCUCGGCCCCGGCUUUCGGCAGUGACGAUGAGGAUGUGGCUCCGCUGUCAGCUAAGUUUGCUGAUAUUUAUCCGUUGAAUAACUACAACGACGCCGAGGUGGCGGCCAGCAUGAAUGGAAUCCACAGCGAGCUGAAUGGUGGCGGGGAGACCGUGGCCCUGAAAGCUGAGUCCCCACAGGGGAGCAGUACCAGCGCCAGCUCCUCAGAAGCUGACGAUGAAGAGGCGGACGGCGGGAGUGGCGGGGAGCCCCCCGGAGCCCCACAGGAAGCCGUGGCCCUAGAAAAUGGGAGUCCCGCGAAGGAGGACAGUAAAGUGGACAGUCCCCCCCCAUCUUACCCCGCUCAGCAGGCUGAGCAAGCUGCCGACUGUGAGUGCCACGUGUGCAAGCAGGAAGCUUCUGGGCUGCCGCUGUCGGCGAUGACGGCCGGGGCCUUUCCUUCCAGCCAGCAGUUCCUGACCCCGGAGAGGCCCGCACACCCCGCCUUGCAUCUGUACCCCCACAUCCAUGGGCACGUGCCCUUGCACACGGUCCCACACCUGCCUCGCCCUCUGAUCCACCCCACCUUGUACGCAGCGCCCCCGUUCACACACAGUAAGGCUUUACCGCCAGCACCUGUUCAGAAUCACACAAAUAAGCAUCAGGUAUUCAAUGCAUCUCUUCAAGACCAUAUUUACCCGAGCUGUUUUGGGACUACUCCAGAGUGGAAUAGUUCUAAGUUUAUAAGUCUGUGGGGAUCAGAAGUGAUGAAUGAUAAGAACUGGAGUCCUGGCACUUUCUUGCCAGAUACAAUUUCUGGGAGUGAUGUCUUGGGGCCAGCGUUCUCAGAAACAAGGCCCGACGCCCUCCCGCCGCCGAGCAGCGGCUCGCCCACCGGCCUGGACUGCAGAGAGAAGAGGAGCGCCGCCAGGAGGAAGUGCCUGUACAGCUUCCAGGACGCCUUCAUGGAGGCCAACAAGGUGGUGAUGGCCACCUCCUCGGCCACCUCCUCCGUGUCCUGCACGGCCACCACGGUGCAGUCCAGCAACAGCCAGUUCAAAGUGUCGUCCAAGAGGCCUCCUUCCUUAGGUGAGGCCUUCCACGGCAUCGGCAAGGAGGAGCACCGGCACGCGGGGCCCGCCGCCCCGAGGAGCAGCCCCACCGGCCUGGCGCCGCUGCCCGCGCUCGCCCCCGCCCCCCUCGCACCAGCCUCCACGCCUCACCUGACCAACCUUGCGGCCCCCGCCUUCCCCAAAACCGCAGCCACCUCUCCUGGGUUUGUGGACACGCGCAAGAGCUUCUGUCCUGCUUCGGUCGCCCCCCCGACCCCCAGCACGGACGGCCCCAUCAGCGCGCCUCCAAGCGUGUGCAGUGACCCGGACUGCGAAGGGCACCGCUGCGAGAAUGGCGUCUACGACCCGCAGCAGGACGACGGGGACGAGAGCGCCGACGAGGACAGCUGCUCCGAGCACAGCUCCAGCACCUCCACCUCCACCAACCAGAAGGAGGGCAAGUACUGCGACUGCUGCUACUGUGAAUUCUUCGGGCACGGCGGGCCUCCGGCCGCGCCGACAAGCAGGAACUACGCCGAGAUGCGGGAGAAGCUGCGCCUGCGGCUGACCAAGCGGAAGGAAGAGCAGCCGAAGAAGGCGGGCCCGCUGUCGGAGCGGGAGAGCGUGGUGGACCACCGCCGGGUGGAGGACCUGCUGCAGUUCAUCAACAGCUCCGAGCCCAAGCCCGUGAGCAGCUCGCGCGCCGCCAAGCGGGCAAGGCACAAGCAGAGAAAGCUGGAGGAGAAGGCGCGCCUGGAGGCGGAGGCCAGGGCCCGGGAGCACGAGCAGGUCCGCGAGGAGCAGAGGCAGCAGGAGCAGGAGCAGGAGGAGGAGCGGCUCACGGCGGAGCUGCAGCGGCUGCAGGAGCUCCAGAAGCUGCGCGCCGUGAAGAAGAAGAAGAAGGAACGGCCGAGGAAGGACUGUCCCAAGCUGAGCAUGCUCGCUGGGGCUCUGCAGGCGGCAGCGGAGGCCCUGCCUGACUCUGUGCACAUGCACAACGGCUCCCUCGAGCAGAACGAAGAACCGGAAACCUCACCGCACUCCCCGUCCACACACGCCAACCACACAGAGCCCGGGCCGGAGGCCGAGCCCGCGGACAGCAGGGACUCCAAGCUCCUCCUGCCCGAGGGCGUCAGUGGGAAGCAGCAGGAGCCGCUGUCCUUUCUCCUGGACAUAAUGCAUCACCACAAGGAGGGCGCUGGCAAGCCGAAGCCAAAACAGGCCGGGCGGGCCGGCAGCGAGGCUGGCAGGAGGCCCGCGGAGCCCCCCAGAGCCUCUGAGAGCCAGCCCCGGCCCCGGCCUCAGACUGAGCCGAAGGCCAAAGCGCUCGACCUCCCUUCCCUGGCGGAGCAGAAGCGAGAGGAGAGGAAAGCCAACAGCAACAACAACAACAAGAAGCAGCUGAACCACGUCAAGGAGGGCCAGGCGAGCCCGGGCCCCUCGGAGCCCGCCUGCCCCGGCGAGCCGGCGCCCAGCAGCAAGCCGGUGCCGGCCGACUCCCCGCAGCCCCGCGGCAAGAGCAAGAAGAGCCGGAAGAAGAAGGGAGACAGGGCCGGCAGCUCGCUCGAUGAUGUCUUUCUGCCUAAAGAUAUCGACCUAGACAGUGUGGACAUGGAUGAGACGGAGAGGGAAGUGGAAUAUUUCAAAAGAUUCUGCUUGGAUUCCGCCAGACAGACCCGACAAAGACUGUCCAUCAACUGGUCCAAUUUUAGCUUGAAAAAGGCCACUUUUGCUGCCCACUGAGCGAGGAUCACCAGGAGGGACGCACGGGAGCUCGCCCAGGCCUUGCCGGGUGGCCACAGCGCCUGGGACCCAGCCCGAGGACGUGCCGCCCACCCGCCCGCCCUGUUAGCUUGUGUGCGUGUAGUCUGUGAGCCUUUGAUCGUAGCUCUGUGCGUCGGGUUGGACAGUAGCUCCCGCCACUUGUUCUGCCACCGCGGCCCCUGAGGCCUGGGCCUUGGCCAGAGACGAGUUUGCAUCAUCCACGUGGCUCCGUGGCCCCUGCAUCUCACCCUGUCCUGUCAUCUGUCCCCCUGGGUGACGCCCUCACUCAGCUCCCACCCGAGACGGGCGGGCCGGCGGGGCAGGCGCGCUCCGAUCUCCACAAUCUACUGUUCAGAGUGUACACGUCGCGCUGUUUGUGUCCGACCCCUGACUUGUAGCCAGCUUGUGUACGACCCCUGCAGAGUGAGAAAGUUCAAAAACAAUCCCACCCAGUACUCACCACCGUCUGUUAGAGUGUACGACUGUAUUAACACGGAGGCCUGCCUGGCUACUUUUUAACAUAUUGUUAAGUAAUAUUAAAAUCAUGUCUUUCUUUUUGAAAGAUGGAAUACCUUAGUACAGUA